AUGGCUAAGUACAAGAUCGCUAUAAUCCAGCUAUACCCCAAGCCCUACAACAUCGACAACAACCAUGCUCGCGCGGUCGCUCGAAUCCGCGAGGCAUCCAGCCGCGGAGUCCAGCUGGCCGUACUGCCCGAAUUCCACCUAGGGGAAUUAUACCCUCCGAACCCUGACUUCCGCAACGAUUGCAAAAACUGGAAGCAGUAUCUGGACGCGUAUCGCGCCCUCGCUCGGGAAUGUCAUAUCUGCAUCGUCCCGGGGAGUUUCGCAGAGUUGCACGUGGACGCGGAAUCAGGGGAGGAAAAACUCGUCAACGCCACGUACUUCAUCAACCAUCACGGGGACAUUUGUGGACGAUACGAGAAGAAGAACCUAUGGCAUCCGGAGCGGGAGCACGUCCAGGGAUCGAAGAAUCAACCGCAUAUCGCGUUCGACACCCCCCUCGGAAAGGUCGGAAUGCUGAUCUGCUGGGAUUUGGCGUUCCCGGAGGCAUUCCGAGAGCUUAUUUCGCAGGGCGCCAAGAUUAUCAUUGUCCCCGCGUAUUGGAAACUGACCGACCCUGAGAUUGGGGUUAAGAGGAACCCAUUAGCCGAGCAGAUCUUCCUCGACUCUGUUAUUGUCAGUCGUACAUAUGAGAAUACCUGCGCUGUGGUGUUCUGUAAUGCGGCGGGGCCGGCAGAGGAGGGGUUCGCGGGUCUGUCGCAGGCUGCAGUGCCGUUUCUGGGGUCGGUGGGGCGAUUGGCGACUAGUGAUGAGGGAAUGGGGAUUGUAGAAUUGGAUAUGAGUUUGGUGGAGGAUGCUGAGUUGGACUAUAAAGUUCGUGAGGAUAUGGCGAGCUCGGAUUGGCAUUACCAGAGUGUGACACAGAGAUAG